GAGGAAGUGCAACAAUGACAAAGAGGAACUUAGUACAAUAAAUAUGAUUUUUCGAAAUACAGGUCAAGAGACCAAAAGGAGUUAAGAAUCUCUAAGAGUAUGAAGAUAAUUCUCAUUUUUGUGACAUUUUUAUUGCAAGGUGUCGUCAGCAUGAAGACUAAAGUCACAGGAGUAUCUGGGAAGGACAUUACAAUAACAUGUUCUCUCGGCUACAAAUCAGAUCAUGUCAAAUACUUCUGUGAAGGCGAUUGUAAUGAUGAUAAAGAUGUUCUAAUAAAAAGCAGCCGUGGGAUUUGGAAUUUAAGCAAAUAUAGAAUAGUAGACUACAAAAAUUACUUCAACGUUACAAUCUUUCAUCUAACAAAGAAGGAUGCUGGUCCCUACUAUUGUGGAUGGGAAAGAUUCAUCAUAGUGGAUAUAUACAGACGUGUUUUCCUCACUGUCAAUCAAGCCACUCCCAGUAUCACAGCUUCAACAGAAACACAAGAGCCCAAGAAAACUGAGUUAACACCAAGCCCACCUGAGCAAUUUCUUCCAAAUACUUCCUCUCAAACGCCAAUAUACAUCGGAGCAAGCAUUGGAGUGAUCACACUCGCCUUGGCAUUGGUUCUUAUCAUCCACUUUACACACAAAAAAGGGAACGUUAGCACAUCUUCUGGCGGGAAAAAGGACAAAGCAAGAAGUGCAAGAAGCUCCAAAGAAAUGCUCGAAUCAGCUGGUGACCACACCUCACCUGCUGUGGAAAGCCAUGGUGCUUCGAGAAAUAGCGACUCACUGAUUUCCCCAAACAAUCUACUAUAUUCGACUAUCACCCACGGCCACAUUGACAGCAACACAGUCUCUCAUGAACCUGACGUGACAUACUCCAACAUUAAACUCACAGAUGAAACAGCAGUGUACUGCAAUGUCUAAACAUCAUGCAAAAAGCCAGUCUAUGACAAAGUAAUAGACUAUUUGAUGUUGAUAUGGACCACUGUUUAAUAAAAUGGCUUGCAAUGUUUAUUAUUGAAUAAAGUAUCGCCUCAACAUCUGAUUCACUGCAGGAGUCACAU